AUGCAGCAAGCCUUCCAUGAAGAUUUCGUCAUGUCGGCCAUCCUCUGUACUUCAGCAAUGCAAUUGUCUUCCCUCUGUCCCCACGAGAGUAGAUACAAAGAUGCAUCAGAGCAUCUGAUGGCCAAAGCCGUCCAAUUGUUUCGCAAAAAUUUGUCCCGCCCACUCAAUAAGCAGAACUGCGAGGCUCUCAUGGGAACAGCCCUCCUCGUCAACUACGUCUCAUGGUUCGACCUCGACUUCCUCCACGGCCAGACCAAACUGGACCUUUCUAAAGAUCAAUUAUUCUUCCUGACCCCCGGAAUCAUCGAACUCUGGUUUCGAUCAAUGCCCAUCUUCAUUGACCAGGGAAGUAUCUUCGCCGACGUCGCGCGGCAUUCUCCGAGGUUUCAUAUCGAACAAGCUCUUGUUUCUUGGGGACAUGAUCCAGAGCGUUUUGUUAGCUUGUUUAUGGAGAUCUGGGAUGAUCCUCGAUAUCAAGGGGAUACUUUCCCCGCGACGAGUGAUGAGCCGACAUCGUGCGCAUGGCGACUUCUUCUUGGGAUGGAGAAUCAGAUACCGCAUCCUUCGCCCAAGUCUCCUCCAGCAGAAGAACCGUGUGAGGAGGAUACACAUAACCAGUCACUCACACAUCUCAAAGAAGUUAUCACCGAUGUCACUGAUAAGUUCACUUCCCCCAAUCACCCCGCUGCUUCCAUGGUUCUAUCCUCCCAAUCCGACCGCGCAGUCUUCGAAACCCUCAUCCAGCGUGUAUCGCCUCUUCUAUGCUGCGCAUCACUCGCUCGCGACCUGAUACCCUUUGACAUGACUUCUAUAAGCAACGACAUCGAGGAGCUGUUCUUUGGAGUUCCGGAUUCUCUUGUUGCUCUGUCAUUUUUACCGUGCUGCGCAAAUUCUCCUGUCGAAGACGAGAAAUUGGUGGGGGUAUACGAGAAGUUGUGUUAUGGAGCGUUUAAUGAUGAAUGA